CUAGCAAACAACUGAGAAGUGAGAUGGGGGAACAUCUCUGGCUGAAGUGGCAGCAGGAAAACUUGCUAUAAUAGAGUUUUUCUAACCCUUUUCCUUGGUAUUUGUUUAGUUUAGUGAUAAUUACAUGUCUCGCCGUCGUGUGCGUCGACGAGCUCGCCUCGCUGGAUAAGCAGAGAAUCUGCCUGUGGACCAGUAAACAGUGUUAGCCUGGGAGCUAAGCUGGCAGCUGUGCAGCUAGUUGCUUCUAACUAGUUAGCAUCGAUGAGGAAAGACGUCCCCGCCUUCAUUGUAAACAAGACUGAGCAGCUGCUCUUGAGUUAGCUUGCGGCUGGUCAAGGAAAGAAUACAACAGAAUGACAGAGGAUGCUGUCCUGUUGAAUGUACCUGUCAUUCGGCAGCUGUACCACUGGGACUGUGGCUUAGCCUGCUCCAGGAUGGUCCUCAAGUUCCUCCAUCCAGUCAGUGAUGAAGAGUUUGAGCGAGCGUGCUGGGACCUGAAGCUGACAGAGAGCGUGUGGACUAUUGACCUGGCCUACCUCAUGUGCCAUCUUGGAGUCAAACACUGCUUUUGCACACAGACUCUGGGUGUAGAUAAGGGCUUUAAAAAUCAGUCCUUUUAUAAGAAGCAUUUUGAUACAGAAGAAGACAGAGUGAACGAGCUCUUCCUUAAAGCAGAGAGUAAAGGUGUGGUGGUGAAGAAAUGCUCUGUGACCGUUCAGGAAAUCCAGUCCCAUCUGGAACAGGGCCAUGUUGCCAUCGUGCUGGUCAACGCUGUGGUCCUGACGUGUGAGCUGUGCUCCUCACCUGUCAAAUACUGCUGCUUCCUGCCUGUGGGCCAGAAGUGUUUCUGCAGGAAGCCAGAGUACCAGGGGCACUUCGUUGUUGUUUGUGGCUUCAACAGGACCACUGGCUGUAUCUUUUACAACAACCCUGCAUAUUCUGACCGGGUGUGCUGCACCAGCAUCAGUAACUUUGAGGAGGCCCGAAGGAGCUACGGGACAGAUGAAGAUAUCCUGUUCAUUUUCAAGGAGAGUUGAUGGACAGAGAAGAUGGAUUUGGACUUCGUCAUUAUAUUAACAUCAUUAUGCUGCAGGUCUCCAGUCUAGUGGUGCCUCCUGUUGUCUGCUGUCACAGAACCCCUGGGUUAUUCUGUCUGGAGUUAAAAACACACACACACACAUAUAUAUAUAUAUACAUAUAUACAUAUACGUAUGUAUGCCAAUACUACUCAACCUUUGAGGGAUUCGCGGCUCGAAGGUUCAGCAGUCUAAGAUGGAUUUUCAUUCUUUUCUUUUCUUGAAAAGAGCGGAUUGUUCAAAUUAAUUUUAUAAUGUCUUGAAUUUUAAUGACUGCGGUUGCUCACGGACUGAAAUGCCAAACUGUGAGCAGAAGAAUUGAGACUCAUGAAACAGUGGAUGAAAUGUGGGAAACAUGACCUAGAAUAGGAAUUACCAGGAAAUAGUGUGCACAUAAUUCAGGGCUGCUGACGACAACAUAUAGUGUAUUCAGUAUAUUUGUUCUGCUCAGUGUUGUGUGAUGCUGCUCCUCUGUAGACCCCAGCCCCACCUCUACUUGCCUUUUAAAAAUAUACCUAGCUCACCUCUCAGUCACUUUUUUAUUCAGAUGAUUCUAUCAAGAAGGAAUCCAGGAAGUGAAGUGUUUUGAGAGUCUCAGGUAAUUAAUGUGAUAUCAGAUGACAAAGCUCGUUCAAUGCAAUACUCCGUAGUCUGUCUGCGGAACUCAGUCUGCCGGCAGAAGAACACCAACAUGGACACGGUGAAACACAAAUUCACUGGUUUCAUUCACUUCACUGGAGAAACAGUUCAACAUCUUGUGUUGUGUUGCCAUGGAAACUUGCUGGGUAGAUGGAUGCAUUGUUGGAUGACUCAUGCUCUGUUGAAAUCAGUGAAGACAAGGUAAUCUCAUAUUCACUCAGUUUUAUUUUUAAAUUUGGUGGUAUGUAUGUUUUUGCACUACACUUUUCAUACCAGAUAUAAUUGUGUUAUUUAAAUUAAAAUGCUUUUCUAGAUCUAUAAAAAAAAAAAAGUCAUUUCCCUCUGGUUGUGCUUUUUGGUGAGAUCAAAUGGCAAGUUUUAAACUGCGACCUUUAUUUUUUAUGAAACAUAGAACUGCCUAUAUUAUAUGUUGUGAUUAAAAGAUUUGAACAUGUA